AAAUUCUCCAUCAAAAAAAUCUAUCAAAAAAAAAUCUCAAAUUAUUUAUCUUCCUAUUAAAGAAAAAUUCUUUAAUGAAUUUCUCUAUCAAAAACAAUCCUCCUAUUAAAAAAAAAUUCUCUAAUAAAAUUCUCCGUCAAAAAAUACUCUCACCUAUUAAAAAAAAUUCCCAAAAGAAAUUCUUUAUCAAAGAAAACUCUCUCCUAUUAAAAAAAAUUCUUAACGAAAUUCUCUAUCAAAAAAAAAAUCUCAUUUGUUAAAAAAAUUUCU